AUGUUACCAAAUAUAUCACCUGUUGUUCGUAUGUCCGAAACUGAUAGCAAUCGCUCAAAUAAUGGCUCAUUAUUUCCGAGGAUUCCCGAAGGAGAGUCGCUAUUGUUAUUGCCCAUUCGCAAUAUAAUCAACAGUGUUAGUUUUAUCUUUUACAAAUCUGAAGUCAAACAGAUUUCAUUCAGAGAUAGACUAUUCAGAUAUCCAGAAACGUUGCUUGGUAAUCCAGUGAGUCGUGCACCGUUUUGGAAUGAACGAACUGGAGAAUAUUUUUUUGAUCGGCAUCGUGCAAGUUUCGAAUCAAUCCUGUAUAUCUAUCAAAGCAAUGGUGUUGUGAAGAGGCCAGAAACUGUGCCGAUUGAUAUUUUCUUGAAGGAAAUGAAAUUCUUCCAGAUGACUGAUGAACUUGUGGAGGCAUUUUGGAUUAAUGAAGGUUACGAGAAGCCGGAAGAGACAAAAAUGCCGCAGAAUAUCUAUCAAAGACGUUUAUGGGAGCUAAUGGAAUAUCCAGAUUCCUCACUAUCUGCGAGGAUAUUAGCAUUCAUAUCUAUUGUUGUUAUCACUACCUCAAUUGUCUCGUUCUGUUUGGAAACACUUCCAGCACUUAAGCCGGCCGCCGACAUUGAUGGUGUACGUGAUUGGUCGAAUCCAUUUUUAUGGAUCGAACUCAUUUGCAUUAUUUGGUUCACGAUCGAAUUAUUGUUACGAUUCGCGAGUUGUCCAUGUAAGAUAGUAUUUAUGCGUUCAUUUCUGAAUAUAAUUGACUUCGUCGCUAUUGCGCCUUUCUUUGUGAAUUUAUUAUGGUCUGAUGCCAGUAAAUCAAAUUCAUCUAUGUCUUUUGCUGUUCUUCGUGUGCUUCGGUUGGUACGGGUAUUCAGGAUAUUCAAACUGAGUAGGCAUUCUGUUGGAUUACAAAUACUCGGUAAAACGUUUCGUGCAUCAGUGCAAGAAUUCUGUUUGUUGAUCUUCUUUAUGGCUAUCGCACUUGUGCUUUUUUCGAGUGGUGUUUAUUUUGCUGAACAGAGUGAACCAGAUACCAAAUUCACAUCAAUACCAGCCUCAUUUUGGUUUGUCUUGGUUACAAUGACUACGGUUGGCUAUGGCGAUUUGACUCCGACAGGAGUUUAUGGUAAGCUAGUUGGUUCGAUGUGCGCACUCAUCGGGGUUCUAACGCUUGCAUUACCAGUUCCAAUCAUUGUGAGCAUUUCACACUUAUCACUCAAACUGAUUCAUUCAGUUUCUGUUUUCGAAAUUCAAGCAGUAAAUAUGAUGACAACGAAAACGAUAGUACCAUUUGUUGCAAAUUUCAAACAUUUCUAUCGUCAGGAGACUCGAUUAGCAACUAUGCGUAUUAAUGUGGUUGAUAAAAUGGAUGAGCUUGAUGAUGAGGAAUCAGAUGAAGACGACGAAAUAAUCAACGGUGAUCGAGAGGAGAUGUUAGAUAACAACAACUUGCAAGGUGCAACCGUCCAGCAACAACAGCAACAAGAGCGUUGCAACGCCAUAUUUGAGCCAUUAACUCAAGUUCAUGUUCAAACUGCACCAUCGCAAGCUCCUGCUAACGCUAAUAAUAUCAGUCCAUCAGUAGCUACAAAAAGCAGCACCUUAAACGCACCGACUAUCAGUACUAGCAAUGCGAGUUGCUUAACUGCAACCACGAUGAAUACCAUCUCGAUCUCGACACCAGCAUGA